CAACCUCAUAACCGGAAGCGGAUCUGUUAGCGCCACCUGUGAACAAGAAGCAUUUUGUGACUUCAGCAGUAUUUGAGGUUUCCGCUGCAAUUUGAGAAAUGUCAGACAGUGAGGACAGCGACAUCUCCGAUGCUGAGAGUGAGGGGGGUCAGCUGGACCAAAGUCGAGGAAGUGAUGCUGGCAGCGAUGCAGGGAGUGAGCCAGGGAGCCCUGCAGGGAGUGGGGGAGGUAGUGAGGGAGGCAGGAGUGAUGGAGGGGGCAGUGGCAGUGAUGAAGGGAGCGACAAAGAGGAAGAAGAGGAAGAAGAUGACGUAGCGUAUGAUGAGGAUGAAGAUGAGCGCCAGAGAAGAAAGAAACGUGCCAGAGUCAGCAAGUUCAUCAUUGAAGAGGCUGAUGUUGAUGAUGAGGGUGAUGAAGAGGAUGACGUAGAGUGGGAGGAGGGUGCCGAGGACAUCAUUGACAAAAAGACGAUGCUGGACGGGAACAGUGCCCGUGAGAUGGAGAAUCAUCAGAGGCUGCGGCACCUUUUUGAUAGCCAGCGAGAAGACGAGAUCGAGGAGUACUACAGACAGAAGUAUGGAGAGACACCCGCAGCGGAGAGGUACGGCGAGGGAGAGGAGAUGUCAGACGAGAUCACACAACAGGGGCUGCUGCCUGGCGUCAAGGAUCCCAACCUGUGGGUGGUCAAGUGCCGGAUGGGUGAGGAGAAAGCCACUGUCAUUCAUCUGAUGAGGAAGUUCAUUGCCUAUCAGUUCACAGAUGAGCCUCUUCAAAUCAAGUCUGUGAUUGCCAAGGAGGGUUUGAAGGGCUACAUCUACAUAGAGGCUUACAAGCAGACCCACGUCAAGCAAGCUAUCGAGGGAGUUGGCAACCUCAGGAUUGGUCUAUGGCAACAGCAGAUGGUUCCCAUUAAAGAGAUGACAGAUGUCAUGAAGGUGGUGAAGGAAACUACAAACCUCAAGUCCAAGUCUUGGGUCAGACUCAAGAGAGGUGUCUUCAAGGAUGACCUUGCUCAGGUGGACUAUGUGGAACCCUCCCAGAAUGUGGUCCACCUGAAGCUGAUUCCACGCAUUGACUACUCGAAGCCACGCGGCGUGUUCCGUACUUCAGCCAGUCAGGAGGCUGAGAAAAACAAGAAACGAAAACGUCGACCAGCUCAGAAGUUGUUCGAUAUUGAUGGCGUCAGGGCUAUUGGUGGAGAUGUAUCAACCGAUGGAGACUUCCUCAUCUUCGAGGGGAACAGAUACAACAGGAAAGGUUUCCUCUUCAAGAGCUUCGUCAUGUCAGCCAUUAUUCCUGAUGGAGUGAAGCCAACACUGUCUGAGCUGGAGAGGUUUGACAACACACCUGAAGGUCUUGAUGUUGAUUUGGUACCCCAGAAGAAGUCAUCGACAUCCGAGGUCACGCACAACCUGGCCCCUGGAGACGUGGUGGAGGUGUGUGAGGGCGAGCUGUUGCACCUGCAGGGACGUGUGAUCCGUGUGGAGGGCAACAAGAUCACCAUCAUGCCGAAACACGAGGACCUGAAGGAUCCACUGGAGUUCCCAGCCCAUGAGCUACAGAAGUACUUCAAGAUGGGGGACCAUGUGAAAGUGAUCAGAGGACGGUUCGAGGGAGACACAGGACUCAUCGUCAGGGUAGAGGACAACAUGGUGGUCCUCUUCUCCGAUCUGACCAUGCAUGAGCUGAAAGUGUUGCCAAAAGAUCUUCAGCUGUGUACAGAUAUGGCCACUGGAGUUGACUCGAUGGGACAGUACCAGUUUGGGGACCUGGUCAUGAUAGAUGCCCAGACAGUGGGAGCCAUAGUGAGGUUGGAGAAGGAGAAUUUCCAGGUCCUCAGCAUGCACAACAAGGUACAGAACUUAAAACCCCAAGCCUUGACUAGGAAGAAGGACACACGGAAUGCAGUUGCCCUGGACUCUGAAAACAAUAACAUUCAGGUCAAGGACAUUGUCAAGGUCAUCGACGGACCGCAGUCGGGUCGGUCUGGCGAGAUCAAGCACCUGUAUCGCAGCUACGCAUUCCUCAUGUCAAGAAUGGUGACAGAAAACGGUGGCUACUUUGUGUGUCGAACUCGCCACCUUGUGCUGGCUGGGGAUCAAGGGUGAGUACAAACCAACACCAGUUUUAGUGCUGGAGGAUUUGUGCCAAUGUCUCCCCGUUUGGCCAGCCCUGCUCACCCGAGUGGUGGGGCUGGGGGUGGAGGCGCUGGAGGAGGGGCCGGGGGUAGAGGGCGUGGUGGCAUCAGUAAGAGAGACCGUGAGCUUAUUGGACAGACGGUUCGAGUGAGACAGGGACCCUUCAAGGGUUAUAUUGGUAUCGUGAAGGAUGCUACAGAAUCGACUGCAAGAGUGGAGCUUCACGCCAGUUGCAAGACUAUCUCUGUAGACCGGGAGCAGACUUGCCACACUCACGGACAGAAGGUCGGUGGUUUCACAUCCACCCACCAAAAGACUCCCGUGUAUGGUGGCCAGACACCCAUGUAUGGUGGAUCCAGAACUCCGAUGUACGGCUCCCAGACCCCUGUACAGGACGGAAGCAGGACGCCGCACUAUGGAAGUCAGACACCAUCCCACGAGCCGGGCAGUCGCACCCCGGGAUCUUCAGCAUGGGACCCCUCCAGUGCCAACACGCCAUCCAGACCAAAUGAAUUUGACUUCAACUUUGAUGAGUCCCCCUCCCCGGCUGACUAUGCUACGACUCCAAACCCUGGCACGCCCGGAUACCAGGCAGACACACCUAGUCCCAUGGGUCCCUUCACCCCCCAGACACCGGGCAGUGCUUACUCCCCCUACCACCAGGCUUCCCCCUCCCCUGCCAGCUACCAAGCUCCUAGUCCUGGCUAUGUAGGCACCCCUAGUCCUGCCGGCUACCAGGCUAGCCCCUCCCCCGGGGGAUAUGCGGGCACGCCCUCUCCGAUGGGUUACAGCCCCAUGACACCAGGUGCUCCGUUCACACCACAGACACCAGGCACAGCGAUGGACCACAGUAUGGCUGACUGGCACACACAGGACAUCAUGGUGAAGAUCAAGGAGACCCAUGAUGACCCCAACCUCAUCUUCCAGACCGGGGAGAUCAGGAGCGUCACUGGAGGAAUGUGUUCCGUGUACAUCACGGAUGAAGACAAGGUCGUCAAUGUCUCCUGUGAGCAUCUGGAACCUGUGCAGCCUGAAAAACAGGACAAGGCCAAGGUUAUCCUGGGAGAUGAGAGAGAACUGACUGGUACCCUGCUCAGUAUUGACGGGGUCGAAGGCGUGAUCAAAACUGACGGUGGGAUCAAAAUGUUGCCCAUCAAAUACCUCUGCAAGAUGCCAGCGUCAUGAUAUCCCAGUCAGCCACAAUCUUAGAUUAUAAGUCUAGAUGUACUUUGAGGCCAGAAUCAGUUGGGUCAGAUCUUCAAUUUAAGGCAAUGUUCUAUUUGUCAUCCAGGACUAAUAUUCUGAUCAAGUGAGGAAGAUGAAACUGGACCCUACAGGAUAUUUGAACGCACAUCUCGCUUCACGUAUACCACUACAAAAUGUUCAAGAACACCCAAUUUUUCAAAUACGACUUUUUCUUGUCAUGACAGAAUAACUAUGGUCAUUAUAAAACAGGUGCUUUUCAACCUUUGAGUGGUAUAUGUGUUUCCAAGUAUACAAGUUUAUUUUGAAAAUAUUUGGUCAAACGUAAUAGUAUAGAAGACAUCAAGAUGUUAUUUUUGUGGUCAUCAAUUUUCACCUUAUUGUCAUUCACUCCCUGUAGCCAUUUCUCUGCUUGUGUUUUGUGAAAUCGUUACUGACGUCCCAUGUUUCUGUGUGUUACGAUGUGUAUAUUCUUUAGAAAUGAGAACGUGAGGCUUAUAUCAGCUUGUAUUUGAGGGAGGAAGAGAUUUGUUUGUUGUGAUUGAGAGUGCACAGGAUGCUUAGAUGUUCCAUUCACUGGAAAAGCAAGAUGUCCCUUGUUUUGUCAACAACUCAUAAAGAUACAAACAACAGACUCUCAGGCAUUGAUGUUUUAAAUGUACUUACCAAAAGAAGACUGGGGUAGUGACUAUUUUUUCAAUAUGUCUGUGUAGAUACACACUCCGGUAUCCCUAAAAUAUUCACUAUCAAUCAUAGUUUGUUCAGUAAAUGCGAGCAGCAAGGAUUUUUUUACCAGUUGAAAAAAUGUACGACAUGGUUUCAGAUUGUUCUUGUGUGAGUUUUUGAACACGACAGUAUGUUUUUGUGCCGGAUUUUCUUUGCUGACACAGACAUGUUUUCCUUACCUGUGUAUUGGGAAAAAUACAAAAAUACCAAAGCUUUGGACAAAUGGGAGGUGUACAGUGGUGUGUGCGUAACCAUGGUAACCUUGCUUGUGUUUGUGUGCGUAUGUUGGCCUUCAGUCUGUGUCAGUCUGGAUCAGGGAUAGAUGCUGUAGCAGCUUUCAGUAUCAGCAAGUACUUUUCAUUAUUGGCGAACAGGAUUAUUGAAAGUGAUUUUGUAAGAUUAAAGAUCUUUAAGGGAAUAAAGAUGGUGAAAAUGUU